AGGGCCGCGCUGCGGCACGCCGCGCGGGCGCGCGCGCCUCGGGCGCGCGCCUCGCGCGCCGCGUCAGGGCGAUGCGCGACACAGGAUCGGGCAGCCGCACCAGGGCCCUCGCAGAGAACAAGCGGAUCAACGCCCUGAACCUGGAGCCGACCUCGCAGAAGACGAGCGACCCGGCCCAUGCCGUCUCGGCGAAGGCGGGGAGCCGGAAGGCGCUCGACCUCAAGGAGGACUUCAAGGCGUCCCUGGACAACAUCAAGGCGCAGGAGAGCAGGAAGUUGAGGGGGCGCCAGGGUGGCGACGAGAGCAGGGACAAUGCUGGGAGUGUCUCUGCCACCAGCGCGUCGUUCGGUAUGCCGGGCGGCGCGCCUGGGAGUCUCCAGGCGGGCAAUUUCCAGUCGAGGCCAGCCGCGGGGAACGCCGAGGCGUCGCCGCCCUUCCCCAUCCUAAAGAAGAGCCCCAAGCACCUGGCGCAGAGCCUGCAGGAACUGUUGGAGCCGUUUUACAAGGCGUGCGCGAGCGCCGACGUCAUGAGAGAGGACACGCGGUGGCCUAACACGUCUCGAACGCCAUACAUCGAGACCCUGGGGAAGCCGGACCCUAGCAACACCGCCGCCCAGCAGAUGAUGGGAGUAGGCGUGUCGUCGCAGAACGUGCAGGCGAUGCCAGGGAUGCAGCCGAUGCCGAUGCAGGGCAUGCAGCCGAUGCCCUGCGGCGCCAACCCUCAGUGGCAGCAGCAGCAGCAGCCCCAGGGGCACAUGGCGGCGAACCAGCCCCAGGGCGGCGGGCAGCAGAUGAUGCAGCACGGCGGGUAUCCUCAGCAGAUGCAGCAGAUGUACCAGCCGAUGUCGAUGGGUCACCAGUCGCAGAUGCAGCAGCAGCAGCAGCAGCAGAUGGGUCAGAUGCAGCAGCAGCCCCAGUUGCCGAGCCAGCAGCAGCACUCCCAGUCGCAGCACUCCCAGCAGCAGCAGCAGCAGCAGCAGCAGCAGCAGCAGCAGCAGCAGCAGUGGGUGAUAAUGCAGAACCCACAAGGGACGGGGGCCGCUGGGGCUGGUGGCCAGAUGCCCGGCGGCCAGCAGAUGAUGGGCCAAGGCAUGACUAUGCAAGGCAUGAAUAACCAGGGCGUGAUGGUGCAGAUCCCGAUGCAGCAGGGCUGUGGGAGGCAGCAGCAAGGUGGCCAGCAGAACCAGAUGAUGAUGAUGAUGCCCAUGAUGAUGGGCAACCAGGGCUUCAUGAUGAUGCCCGGGGGCCAGCAACAGAAUGUGAUGAUGCAGCCCAUGCAGGAGAACGGCUGAGCCGGCGCGCGCUCCCGGCGGGCCGAGGCCUCGGAGGAGCAGGCGCCGGGUUUCGCAAUGCCCGCGGUGGUUCAGUCGGCUGCAGCGCGCGCGUUCGAUAAGAGCCCCAGGAAAUCGGGCGGGGAGGG